UAUCCGCUUUGAAAACAAGGAGUCCGUUCCCCCCUUGGUGUCCGCUUUCAAAUGAAUCAGUGAUGAGAGUGACCGAGACAAGAGACGUACGCGUUUCUUCUGUGUGGACCAGCAGUGCGCAAAAGUGCGCUCCGCGGUUCAGCAUCAUUAUCAUCACUCUCCGCUCCUGAGAUCAACCCAAACCCAAGAGGCGCGCUGAGAUCCUCCCCGAGAUCCCGUACGAGAUGUGCUGUGGACUGCCGAUGAGUUCUCCUCCUCCUCCAGGUCAAGUUCAAUGGCAGACAAAGAAUGCACUUCCCACUGCUCUUGUUGCCACUGAGCUCAGAAAGACAGAUCUCGUCCACAGCUAAACCACAGUCUCCCUUUCUUGCUUUUGUGUCUUGGUCAAUAUCUACUCUUUAGUCCAUCACCAUGGCCUGUUUCCUGGCAUCUGCCUUUCUUCUGGUUCUCCAGACAUAUGCUGCCCCACCUGAGCUUGUCCAGGCAGGAUUUGGUAUAACACUGGACUCCGUGGACCUUGAUCCUGGACUACCAGCCAAUGUGUCUGUGCCCUUAACCCCACCCCCAGGGACUACUAAAAGAGCCCCACACAGCAUCAUUAUUGGGGUACGCAAGGGGGGCACAAGAGCACUGCUGGAGAUGCUAGACAUACACCCAGAGGUUGCUGCUGCUGCCACCGAGGUGCACUUCUUUGACUGGGAUGAGAACUAUGCCAAGGGCUUUGAGUGGUACCGUGAGUUGAUGCCCUACUCUUACCCAAACCAGAUCACAGUGGAGAAAACUCCGGGUUACUUUACAUCAGCCCUCGCACCAGAACGCAUCUGCGCCAUGAACUCAUCCAUAAAGCUGCUGCUGAUCUUGCGAGACCCGGCUGAACGGGUCAUUUCCGACUAUACCCAGGUGUACUUCAACCGGCUAGAGAACCACAAGCCGGUGCAAGCCAUUGAAAACCUGCUAGUGCGCAAUGGAGCCCUGAAUAUACGGUACAAGGCCAUUCAGAGGAGCCUGUACGACAUCCACAUGCGUAACUGGCUGCGCCACUUCCCCCUUGAGCAGAUACACAUCGUAGAUGGGGAUGCUCUGAUCCGCGACCCUUUGCCAGAGCUUCAGAAGGUGGAGCGCUUCCUCAACUUGUCACCAAGGAUAGUGUCCUCCAACUUCUACUUCAACCAGACCAAGGGGUUUUACUGUAUCCGAAGUGAUGGUCGAGAGCGCUGUCUGCACGAGUCAAAGGGACGUCCUCACCCAGCUGUCAACAGCACCGUCCUUCAGCAGCUCCGCUCCUACCUACAGGAACACAACCGUACCUUCUUCAGGCUGGUGAAGCGCACCUUCCACUGGCAAUAAGGAACCCAUAUCACAAAUCGGACAUAAGGGAACCGCUACCUUCUCUGUGAUGAGGACAAAAAGUGGGCAUACAGCACUUUACAGAACUGACAUUUAAAACCCCCCUUUGAAUAGCCUCUUAAUAACUGCUAAUGCGAUCUCUGGUUUCAGCAGAGCAGUUCUAUAUUUACACGAUAAGGCAAAAAAUUAUGAAAAACUGUAACUAGAGGCGUAAGAUUAAAUGAAGGAAUCUCAAAGCUUAAUAAGUCAUUCUCUCUGUGCCGGAAGCGUUUAAGUGAUCAGAUUGCCGCGAAAACAAGUUUGUGAAACUGACAAACUUUUUUUCCUCUCUCUUGUUUGAUAUUCUUGUUCUUGAUAAUAAAUUGUUCUUCUUUCAAAUGUACAAGAAA